AGAAAUUGAAAGAGAAGUAAAGUCCACUCUUUUCGGGAAAAUAAAAAAGCGACAUUACCGGCAGAAAGGAGCAUACUGUCAGAAAUGAAGAAGAGAUGUUAGACAAUCCCCUAAAAGAUAAGGAGAUUAAUAUCACGGAUCAAUGUGCAGAAAUUGAGAGAGAAAUUAAGAAACGUCUUUUUGGACAGAAAACAAACAGCGACAUCACCGACAGAGGGGAGAAUUUUGCCAGCGAAGAAGCACAGAUUUUUAAACACAAGCCCCUGAAAGAGCCCCUGCAAGAUUUGAGGGAGAAACUGGAAAUGCAUAAAUUUGAUAACCCGUGGACUGACGGUGUGGAGAAAGAAAUGAAAACAUACAAGAAAAUAAGAGCAACGGAUAGAGCAAUCAACAAAAAGACGAAGUCGAGUGUAAAGAAGGCCAUCAAAAAGGAAACUAAAGACGACUUUCGAAUUCUUAGAGAGAGCCCAGAAAAAGACAAGAGAGAAAGGCAAUCUAAAGUGCAUUAUGAAGAAGACAUCCAAAAGGAUCUUCAAACCAUCCAGACAAAAGUAUCUGAAGAAAAUCAAGAGACCCCAAAUCUUCAGCCAUUGGCUACGACAAAUGAUGAGAGAAAGUGGAUGGCAAUGAAUACAAAAUUAGAAAGUUAUAAUCUUGUACAUUUUCUACUUUCUGCCAUCUAG